GUAUUUUUGCAUCUUUCAUGUUAUGAAGAGUGUUUAAGUUAGUCACAUGUUGGUGGUUUCUUUGUAGCGUACAAAGAAAGAGGACAAUGAAGAUCCAUCACAAUCUGAGAUGUUUAUUGUAACUCGUACGAACAAAAAAGGAGAGACUGAUUCGGGAACACAAGAGACGAUUGAUCAUAUUCAAAAUUUGAAACAAGCAGGAUACAGUGAUGAUGAGGCAGUUCAAACAGUUUUCAGAAAGGAAAGACAUGGUAAAGUUCGUUUCUAUGGCCGAUCAGUCACAAAAUCCUCUCUUAAAAAGGAUAAGCAAAUUCGACAAAUGCAACAACAACAUACUGAAGUGGUUUCAACUAUGGAGAAAAAUCAAAAUAACUUAACUUUCAAGUUAGAUGGUUUAACAAACUUGAUUAAAACGUUGUUACAACAAGUCAAUCCUGGUAUGAGUGCAGAACAAGUGCAAGUAAUGAUAGAAGCCGCCCAACAAUCUCUGCCUGAUGCAAGUAGUGCACCAAAUGAUGCACAGCGAAGCAUUCCUCCUUCACUUGGAUCGAACCAUGUAUCAAAGGAUUUCGAACAGGAAGACAUGAUGUGAAGAAAAUAUGUUCCAUACAAAUAUGACAUGGGAUGGGUCUUACACUAUAGUUAUCUAAAUGUAAUUUUUUUAUGUGUUUUGUACUUUUUGAAAAGAGACUUUACUCAAUAUUACAUGUAAUUGGAUAAAUUACACUCUAUUUUGAUUUGUGUUGUUUAGACUAAAAAGUAAACAUAUCUAGCUUAUGAUGAAACUUUUAUGAUUUA